AUGGGCUCAGGAUUGUCUUCAUGGCUCGCUCUCGCCCGCUCCUUCCAGUUGGUGGGAGGGCUGGCCGCUGCGGUCAUGCAUGGCUUCUUAACCAUCAAAGUUCAUACGGAAAAAUUUGGCCUCACACACCACAUGUCCUUUCUUGCUAUUCUGAUCUGCGCCGUUUUCGGCUACACGACGCUUGCUCUGAGCAUCCAGCACACUGGCGGCCGAUCCAAGAAACCCCUUGUUCUGAUAUGUUUCCUCAUUGGCGAUGUACUUGUGUGUGCUGUGUUGCUGCUCAUCAUCACACUGCUUGCGCGGUCCGGUUUGCCCGAGCACUGCGAAAGGCUGACCAAGGAUGAUAACAACCUUAAUCUCAAGCUGCUCGACUCCCCAUCGCCCCAACUUCCAUCCACACCCAUCAACCCUCCUCAUCAGCCCCCAAGUGAAGGAAUCCUCACACGUACGACCUCAAUUCGCAGCACAUUCACAGCUGCCACAGCCUCUACCUCGUCUCAAACUGUACCUCACCCUCACCGGUUAACCGCCUCGAUUCCCCGUCGUUUGUCCUCCCAACAACCCAUCCCCCAUCUCCCAAGACGGCCGGUCCCCUCCAAUCCCUCAAUUCCAGGCACUGGACUCAACAGUAGAAACGGCUUUGAGCCGGUCCCCCUUCAUGAUGAGGAUGAAGACUCUCAAGCCUCUGCGGCCCUCGUAACUGAUGGCAUGCAGAUGCAGAGUCAUAACCGACAACCAACCGCAGUCCCCAACUACAGGAGUCAACACCACCAACGCUCGUUUUCACAUACCGCUCCGUUUUCUCAGAUGCCGAUGCUCCCUGAAGAGGAUUACGGGCCAAGUAACAGUAUGGACUCACGGCAACAAUACCUUCCGCCUGAGGCCGAUGCUGAGGCCCAAGCUCAACAAGCGUUGAUUUCGGAUGGGGGAAUGGGAGCAGGGACGAUUGAUCCAAACUUACCUCCUUACCAGCCCAGUGACCGACGCAUGUCUGGGCAUGGGGCGCCUGGUGAGAGCAAUGAGAUGAUGCUGAGUGGGUAUAUCAAGGGGCAGACAAGAGCACAAGAUAUGAAGGAUUCGGGAAACUUCUAA